ACUGUGUCAUUUUGAAUUGGAACAUUGUCUUUUUUUCUCCUUUUUUUUGGUUCAGGGUUUUGGUUAUCAUCAUUAUUUUCUCUUUUACGAUUUUUUUCACGAAGAUGUGAUUGUAAAAACUACUGAAUUUAACCAUCUUCCUUUGUCUCGCUCUCUCUCUCUCUCUCUCCAGCAGAACUAUAGUCAAGAUGAAGGCCCACGUGAUAGCUUUACUAUUGGCUGUGUUUGUCGUCGAUGCAUUUGCGCAGUCAGAGGGUUCUACCAAUACCACGGUCACAUUGGAGAGUUUGCCAAAGGUCAUCACAUGCGUGUUGAGGAUUCUACCCGAGACCAUGAGGGAGGCUCUCACUGACCGGUCCGCGUUCAUGGAGAACCUGAGGGAAUGCCAUAAGAACAGUACCGGCUCCGACUUACCACAGACAAAGCCCUCUCGUGGAGGCCGACCUCUGGCCUUCAUCCGGGAUAUGAUGUCGUCGGAUAAUACUUUUCCUUCGAUCAUGAUAUGCAUGAUGACCAAGAACGGAAAGCUGGAAACAGUCCAGGGAUGCAUCAACAGUGACACUGAAUGAAGCGUCACUGCUACGCGUCCGCCUUCAUCUUGAACUUGGAUCACCUUCGGUUGGCGAGCUGCUGACUCAUCUUGCCGUGGGGCGCAGCGUCUUCCCCGAGGAUCGUCCCUCACUUACAAGGCAAAAGCAGAGCACAUUCAGCCAUUUUACAUGUGCAAAAAUGACUAGCAUUUCAGGAAUUAAUAAAACCAAGAGCAAAA